AUGAUCAGGACUAAGUUGAGCGGCCGAAGUCUCAACGGGUUUCUGGCUAGACUCUUGGGUAGGCUCAGCCUCGGUCUCUACGCGGGCUCGCUUGUCAUCGGUCUGCUCCACCACGGCAGUGGUCAAUUGGUCUGUAGAUGGCUGGUUGAGCUUGCGGAGCAAGGCUUCACGAUCGCCUGCAAGCGCUGCGAGAACUGGAUCAGCUUCGAAGGACGGCAUGGACGCGUUUUGCGAAAGAGCGAAUGGCAACGGCUUACAGUCUUCGGGCUGUGUUUCCGCAACAGCAGCGACACCAGCGGCCGCAGCGGCCGCUCCGGCAGCGAGAAUUCCGGGAGUCAGAACGCUGUCCUUGGCAGCUUCAUCCUCGGCAUCCCGAGGGGCCUCCUCAGCCUUUUCCUCUGGCUGAGCAGAGGCUUCAGGAGCUUCUUCCACAGCCUGCUUAACAACAGGAUCCUCUUCUUCUGCAGCCGGCGCCUCAUUAGUCUCGGCCGGCUCUUCAAUUUGAGCAGCAGGCUGAGGCUCUUCUACAGAGGCAGUCGGCUCCUCAACUGGUGCCGGAGUCGCGACAUCUUCGGAAGUCUCUUCAAUGGGGCCAGCCCCGACAACGGGGGCGGCCUCCUCGACAACCGGAGUAGCCUCGACAACAGGGGCGGCCUCCUCGACAACAGGAGUAGACUCCUCGGCAACGGGAGUAGCCUCUUCGACAACGGGGGCGGCCUCCUCGACAACCGGAGUAGCCUCGACAACAGGGGCGGCCUCCUCGACAACGGAUGUAGCCUCUUCGACAACGGGGGCGGCCUCCUCGACAAUAGGAGCGGCCUCCUCGACAACAGGAGUAGACUCCUCGGCAACGGGAGUAGCCUCUUCGACAACGGGGGCGGCCUCCUCGACAACCGGAGUAGCCUCGACAACAGGGGCGGCCUCCUCGACAACAGGAGUAAACUCCUCGGCAACAGGAGUAGACUCCUCGGCAGCGGCAGUAGCCUCGACAACAGGGGCGGCCUCCUCGACAACGGAAGUAGCCUCUUCGACAACGGGGGCGGCCUCCUCGACAAUAGGAGCGGCCUCCUCAGGAGCAGCCUCGACAACAGGGGCGGCCUCGACAACAGGGGCGGCCUCGACAACAGGGGCGGCCUUUUCGACAACAGGAGCGGCCUCCUCCACUGGCGCCGGAGUCUCAAUAUCUUUGGAAGUCUCUUCAACGGAAGCAGCCUCGACAACGGGAGCAGCCUCCUCGACAACGGGAGCAGCCUCCUCGACAACGGGAGCAGCCUCCUCGACAACGGGAGCAGCCUCCUCGACAACGGGAGCAGCCUCUUCGACAACGGGGGCGGCCUCUUCAACAAUGGGAGUAGCCUCCUCAACAGGAGUAGCCUCAACAGGAGUGGUCUCUUCAGGGAUCUCCUCAAUAGGUUCCUCUGCGGAGAGCUCUGGGGUAGCCUCGACAACUUCACUCUCCUGGGCGACAGUGGAAUCAGCAGUGGUCUCGACAAUAACUUCCUCAGCAGCAUGCUCCUCGGUCGGGGCAGAUUUUUCAACAGCAGGGCCAGUCUGCUCAGCAGCAACAGCCUCUGUCACCGCAGGCUCUUCGCGGGUGGAAUCUUCCUGAACCUCUUCCUUAGGAGCGGUAGCCUCAGCAAGUUCCUCCAUCUUAGGCUCGGAUACCUCCUGAGCAGUGGGUUCAUCGGCAAUGACAGCGACAGGUGCUUCCUCCUUGAGAGAUUCCUCUACGGCUGGUUGUUCCUCGACCUUAGGGGUCUCCUCUUGAGCGGAUUCAUCGGCCUUGGAGAUCUCAGCAGCAGGUUGUUCUGCAAGAGCCUGCUCCUCGGGAGUGGCCUCAAUGGGGGCAGGCGCAGUCUCCUCCACUUUCUCGGCAAUCAGAACUUCAGAAGCAGGCUCUGCGGUGGUGGAGGGCUCUUCGGCAUGCUGCUCAACAGUGGCGGCCUCAGGAGUAACGUCUUCUUCAGGCUUGGUCUCCUCAACAGUAGCCUCAACGGGGUCCUCCAUAGUGAUAGGGGCCUCGGUAGCAGCCUCAGGAACAGCGACAGGCUCCGCAUUCUCUUCCUUCUCAACAGCCGUGACCUCGGAUUCCGCAAUAGGAGUUUCCUCAACCGCAGGAGAGGGAUCCGUAGCAGUAGACUCGAUAGCAACAGGUUCGGUCUCAGUCACCUUCUCCUCAGUAGAUGCCUCAACGACCUGCUCAGCCUCCUCGGUAGUCUUCUCAGCGGUGGCGGGCUCAUCAGCAUCGACUUUGAUGGGUUGCUCGGCGGGAAUAGACUCAGAAGCAACAGGGGCAGCCUCGAGCUCCUUCUCUUCGGUGUGAUCCGCGACGUUCUUCUUCUCGGGUUCUUCGACACUCUUUUCGUUGGAAAUAGGCUCCUCGACCGCGACUUCGACAGGCUUCUUGACGACCUCCUCAGUGACGGGCUCGGCGGUUGA